AUGGUGGCGGAACCGGCCGCUGUUGCCGUGCGCGGCGUGACCUUCGACCUGGACGACACGCUGUGGUGUGGUAAGACUGUAAUCCGCAAGGCCAGCGCCGCCUUCCACUCAUAUCUGGCGCAGGCGACGCCUCAGCUAGCAGACAGGUUUCCUCCAGCGGCUUUUGACGAGUUGCUCGUCCAAUUCCAGCGCGCGCUGCCGGACCAUGCGCACGACUACACAUUCCUUCGCAAGUACACGCUGCGUCACUGCGUGGAAGUGUGUGGUGCUCAUGAAUUGAAUCUACACGAUCAAGUAGCGCUUGAGGCGUUUGUGGACGCCGCGUUCCUAUCUUUUCUAUUGCCGCGUAGCCAACCGGAGCCCCGGUCAAACGGUAUGAUCGACGUUGCGUCGCGGAUCUUGGGGGUAAUCACCCAAUGGAAAACUGGUGAAAUGGACAUUUUACUCAAAUAUUUCCAGCACCAUAUGCACUUUAUGAUCUCUGCGGAGCUCGUGGGCUCUGCCAAACCUGGACAGGCGAUCUUUGACGCGGCGGUGGCUAAAUUCCCGGCUUCCUACAGUCGCCAGCACCUCGUGCAUGUCGGCGAUCACUACAAAUGCGAUGUGGAAGGAGCCAAACGCGCCGGAUUGAGGACGAUCUGGGUGAAUGCCUCAUGGGCGAAGCCAGAUGCAUUGACUCGAACGGACUUAAGCAAUGAAGACGCAGAGCGCUAUGCUGCUGCAGACGCUAUUGUGAAAGAAGUGAAUAGUGUUCUGCUUGUUGUGGAGCGUUGGAAUUCACUUGCUGCUCGACCAGAGCGAAACGUGUAA